AGAUUAUGAUGAAGAGUAGCUGGUGCUCUAGCGAACCGUGUUAGUUGAUAAGCUUUUGCGAGUCGGAACAAAUCGCUAUUCCAUAUUAUACACGUAGCACAAAUCCGCCGCUAGUCAAACACACAGUCGAGAUGUUGCUAAUUUUAACCCUCAUAUUUGCCUCCAUCGGCUACGUUCUGUUCAAUUACCACAAAACUAGACAGAAACUGCUGAAAAUUAAAUCGCACUUCGAUGGUCCCGAGUCACAUUAUUUCUGGGGAACGAUGCCGAUGUUUGUUGGCAAAAGUAUUCCAGAUAUAUUUGAUAUGGUGACCGGAUUGCAUAAUAUUCACGGUGAAGACAUUGUUAUCUUAGCGGCCUUCAACGAGCUGGUGCUAGAUUUGUCCAGUUCGAAAAAUGUGGAGAAGGUUCUGCUGGCCAAGUCCAUCAGAAAAUCAUUUGCGUAUGACUUCAUGGAGCCAUGGUUAGGAACUGGAUUACUGAUUUCAACUGGUGAAAAGUGGUUCCGAAGACGGAAAAUCAUCACUCCGACUUUCCAUUUCAAAGUGCUGGAAAACUUUCUGGACGUGUUCAACAAAGAGGCGGAUAUUUUGGUGACAAAGCUUGAACGGCAUGCGGGAAAAGGAGAGUUUGAUAUUUAUGAUUAUGUCACGCUAUACGCGCUGGACAGUAUUUGCGAAACAUCAAUGGGCGUUCAGGUCCAUGCUCAGGAUGACCCAAAUAAUGAAUACGCGGUGGCAGUUAAGCAGAUGAGCACCUUUAUUUUGCGAAGAGUGUUUAGCGUUUUGCGCUCGUUUCCUUCGCUAUUUUUCCUGUAUCCGUAUGCUAAGGAGCAAAAGCAAGUUAUCAUGAAGUUGCACAAUUUUACAAAUUCAGUAAUCGACUCGCGAAGAAAAUUAUUGGAACAGGAAAAAUCUACCAGCAAGGUUAUUUUUGAUCUUGACGAAGAAAACAUGUAUUCGAAGCGAAAAAUGACCUUCCUCGAUCUGCUGCUGAACGUUACGGUCGAUGGAAAACCUCUUAGUAGAGAAGAUAUUCGCGAGGAAGUCGAUACGUUCAUGUUUGAGGGACACGAUACUACCACCUCGGGUAUUUCGUUCACUCUUUGGCAUCUGGCCAAGUAUCAAGACGUCCAACAAAAACUUUAUGAAGAAAUCAACAGAGUUUUAGGCAAGGAUAAAACAAAUGCCAAGCUUACCAAUGUGGAAAUUCAAGAGUUAGAAUAUCUGGACAUGGUCGUGAAGGAAUCGCUGCGAUUGAUUCCCCCUGUGCCGAUUAUAGGACGAACAUUGCUAGAAGAUAUGGAAAUGAAUGGAACAACUAUUCCUGCUGGAACUACCAUUUCCAUCAAGAUCUACAACAUUCACAGAAAUCCAAAAAUCUGGCCCGAUCCGGAAAGAUUUGAUCCGGAGAGGUUUUCAAAGACCAACGAAAGUAAACGUGGUCCGUACGAUUACAUCCCAUUUAGUGCUGGACCCCGGAACUGUAUCGGUCAACGGUACGCGAUGAUGGAGCUGAAGGUAACACUUAUCAAACUGUUGGCGAAGUACAAUGUUUUACCUGGGGAGUCGAUGCACAAGAUGAGAUUCAAAACGGAUUUGGUCAUUCGUCCUGACGAUGGCAUUCCUAUCAAGCUAGCGUUACGUGAGCCUUAGGUGAAACGUAGUAUAUCGAUAGAAAUCACACUAAAAUACGAUUGACGAUCGAGUGUAAACGGACGUGUCAUAUUACAAUGUGAUGCAUUUUACGGAAUGAAUGUUGAAACAUUGUACCUAUUAUAAACUGGUUCAGAAAUUGAGCUAAACCACAGGAAUAAUAUCUCAAUAAAACUGAAGAAUACCUAUUAGUCGUUGCACUUUUUUUCAUAAAACGUUUAUUUGACACGGCAUUUGCAAAAGCUUUUUUACGCCGGGAGUUUUUUUUA